CCCAUCAUGCACCACUCACGCCUAUUACAGUUCCUCCUCCUUCUCCUAUCACAGCCGCUCCUAGCAUACGCCCGACCACAGCAACCACCAGGCAGAGAUGCUAUCCUCCUCUCCCGCGUCCACUCGCUCACUCUGCGCGCAAAUCGCCUAACCACCUCCCGACGCGUGUCGCCCAUCCCUCAGUUGAAAUGCAUCGGUCCCUCCAAGCGCAUCUGCAACCUAUACCCCAUCGAAACGAUGCGAUGCACAAACGAAGGUUACGACUACGACGAAGAGGACAUCCAAUGGACCUGCACUGCCUCGCUCCCACCGGAGUUCAAGCUUGGAUCAACCGACGUAGUGUGCGAGGGUUACAGGGAUGCUGAUGAUAAAUGGGUCUUGAAGGGAAGCUGCGGUGUUGAAUAUCGCUUGUUGUUGACGGAGUUGGGAGAAGAGCGCUUCGGCUCAGGAAGGCAGGAUAGCGAUUUCUGGCCUGCAGACGUCGACCUAUCUGGCUGGAGGGGCGUGUUUUCCACACUGGGCAAUUUGGUUUUCUUUGGAUUCAUGGUGGCGUGUUUCUUCCUGAUAAUGCUGCCCAUGCUGAGAGAUUGUUUUGGCCUACGCGGAGGUCGACGAGCUGAAGGGCUCGGUCGCGGCUGGGGUGGGUGGGGAGGAGGAGGUGGUGGUGGUGGUGGUGGCGGCGGUGGAGGCUCCUACCCUCGUGGCCCUCCCCCUCCCUAUACCAGUUCAAGUUGUCCGGAUCCUGCUCCUGCCUCUGAACCAUGGAGACCUGGGUUUUGGACAGGUGCUUUGGGCGGCGCUGCGGCUGGC